UGCACCUGCUUCGGUAUGUGUGUGUGUGUGUUUGGUGAAGACGCAGUUAUUACCGGUCCGUUCAUCUGCGAAGAAGAGGUACAGGACCAUUGUGUUUGAUAGCAGUUUUGUACACUGUAGUCUCCUGGGCAGCAUACCCUUGUCCCAGAACCAGAGAAAGUAGACCUGUUCAGUAUCAUCGAAAAAAAUCAUUGUCGGUUCGUGUGUCCGUCGGUGACAACGAGGUCUAAACAACAACAUAGCAUCGUUGCGUUGUUUUCUCUCGAGUCAGAGUGAUGUGUUGAUGAUAAGCCACUAGUGUGACUUGUGCUGGAAAACCGAAGCUGCACUGUAUCUGCAGCUAUCCAGUAUUUACGAACGAUGCUGUUUGACUUCUGGGAUGAUGUUGUCCUGCCAGCAUGGCAUGACAUAGCUCAAUGCCAGAUUACUGAUGAAGCAUUCAGAAAGGCCGUCAUGGCACUGGAUGAACAUCAUCCACGUAUCAGCAGAGAUCCCAUGAUGAAGAGACAUGUGUUGAUGUAUAAGCAGUACUUCUCCAUCGAAAGGUGUUCAGAAGAGGACAGGUUAGUCAGCUACGUUGGCUUCUUGAUUACCUACAAGAGAGGACCAUCAGGUGUCCAGAACUUCAUUCAAGACAUCCAGUCUUCAUCUUUCCCGUCCAAUGGUGUUGUUGGUGGAGUGCUGGAGAGAAUUUGGAAAGCUCGUAAGAAUGAUCAUCCUGAUGAAGAUGUCAAGGAUCCAUAUUUCUUCACAAGUGUUGUCAAGAGCAACUUUCCACAGAUCAUCGCCAAACUAGCGACCGUACCAGAUAUAGUGCUCACUGAAGUAUUUGUAGGUGCCUACCUGGAUGAAGAGCGUAUCAGCACUUAUCGAACGGCAUGUGAGGUGGCCGGUCAUGUGCGUGAUCUUCCACUUUGCUGUCAAUCAGCAAUUGGGGCGGCUUUACUGAACCCAGUGUCCAGCUUUGUGCUUCUCUUUUAUUCCUUCCACCAUCCUCUUACUCAACGACUGGAUAAAGAUUUCCUGAUCAAGAUCGACCGUGAGGCAGGAUGCGAUGGGAGUAGUCUUGUCCAACUGUUGAAUUUGGCUAUUGAUUUACAGAGCGAUAGAGGUACCGCGAUAUCAAUGAUGAAUGAUGAAGGUGUGAUUGCAUUGAGAGAAGGACCAGGAGAUACAGUUCAAGCUGAUAAUGGCCAGUACGCAGCAGCACUAAGUGAGCUGAUCAAGGAAGGUGUCCAGCUGAUACCGUACGGGCGCCUGAUAAUGUGCGGGCCGGGCCGCACAGGCAAGAGCAGCUUCCUGCGAUCCCUCCUGCGUCAAGCAUUCAUGUCAAAGGUCGAUAGUACCAUCGGUGUGGAGCUGGAGAAGGUGAUAUGCACGAUCGAGAAGCAAGGGUUAAAGUAUGUCUGGAAGCAAGCUGAAGAUUCUUACCAGCAGCAGUUGGCCCUGACGCACAGAGCUGUUGGACAAGAACAAAGGAAGAAAGAGAUAGUAGCAGCACUGAGACAACAAGGUGUGGAGAUCCCAAAGAACACCAGGUCCACAUCCUCCAUGCCAUCAACACCCGUGACAUCACCAUCCGCUGUGUUUGAGACUGAGCAAGCAGACACAGCCAGUGUGUGUGAAUCUGCUGUCAGCCAACGUGAUGAAGCCACCCACACCGGGUACUCUGGUCAAUCGGCUACCAGUUCAUCCGAAACCAUGGACUCUCAGAAUGUGUCCACUGCCUCCAAGCCGGAGGAGGUCUCAACCAUGAGUGUACCACAGGUCGCAACAGCAGAGCAAGAUGUGCAGCAGCUACAGACGGAAAUCAACUCAGCAACGCAGAAGUUUGAAGGCUUCAUUGAAGAUCUGAAGAAGGGCAAAAGUGAAGUUUUCACUGCAGAGCAUCUGAAGAACCUGACAUUCAUAGAUGUCUGGGACUUUGCUGGUCAGAAGCUGUUUGCUGCGAUCCAACACAUGGUCCUGGCCUGUGAUCGAUGUGCAUAUGCUGUUGUAUUUGAUUCCUCAAAGAAGCUCCAGGACAGAGCGAAGCCGACGUUUGGUGUAGACGGUGAGGAACUGCCGCUUUCCAACAGCCUGGAGCAGACCAACUUCGACGUCAUGGAGACAUGGUUCAACGCUAUCCACGAGGUCAUUGGAGACAGCGACAACGUACCGGUGUUUGCCAUUGGCACACAUGUGGACAAGUUACCAAAGAAGCCAGAAGCAAGGAAGAAGGCAAUUGAAGAAACUGAGCAGUAUAUCUGGGCCAAUGCGGAGGGUAAAUCUUAUGCUAACAACAUCGACAAGGUGGUAUUUGUGGACAACACACGAGCUGGCAAAGACCCGGAAGACCCAGCAGUUGUUCAACUACGUCACGACAUCAUCCAGCAGCUGCAGCAUCAGUUCAGCGUUCCCAUUCCACUUCGUUGGCUUCCUGUAACCAUCUCCAUAGGGCACAUUGCAAAAUCAUUCGAACGACCAUGGUUAUCGGUUGACGAGCUACGUCGCUUGGCUAUUGCUGUUAGUAGCAUCUCCAGUGAUGAUCCUGAGUCAGAUUUCCAGAAGAUGGUGAAGUUCCACCAUGAUCUUGGUCAUUUGCUUCACUUUAUUCGCAAUGCCCGUCUUCGUGAUCGUGUCAUCAUCGACAUCCACUGGAUUCUGAAAACCAUGUCACUUCUCUUUUGUCCUGAACCGAAGAGUAUGCAGAGCAAGCGUCUUCGUCCACAGUACGACUUGCUGACACAGAAUGGCAUCCUCCUGGAAAGUCUUGCCAUCCACCGCUGGUCGCAGCACAAUCGUAUGACAUCGCGCUACACGGCCACAGAAGAACAACGUGAUUUCCUGUUUGAGAUGGGCGAGCACUUUGCCCUGUUCUACAACACCAAGACAACUGUGAAUGUGCCUGGUCAGAGGAAGGAGGUGACGACUCGCAAGUUCUUUGUACCAGCUCUGGUGGAACGAGUUGCACGUGUUCAAGACGAAGUGAGCAAAGGCAAGCCAAGUCCAGCUAUGUACCUGUACAGUGGUGCAGAUCGUUACUUUCCACAAACCCUAUUCUGGUGUGGUGUUGUGAGGUGUAUGCAACGCUAUAGUCCAAAGGUGGAUCCCAUCCUCUAUCACACGUCAGCACGUAUUCUGGUGAAGGAUCGUUUCUGGCUGGUCAUGCAGUAUUUCCAGCAUGGCAUUCGCCUGUCACUGGAGAUUCCUGUCGCAGCUGGCACGACUAAGUCUUCUUCUACCGAUGCUGGUACUCGCGCGGAAAAGUCAGUUGGCUCUCCUGGCGUUGGUACUGCAGCAAGCGAGGACGAGUCCGCUGCAGUCAAGCUUUGUCAUGAGCUUCUACCAUACCUGGAGUUGGAGCUUGACAAUCUGAAGGCAUUCUCGCUGACUCAUGUGAAGUUUAGCAGAGCUGUUCGCUGUCCAUGCUCGUUCAGUCGAGAUGCGUGUCGCAAACACAAGAAGAAGUCUUGUGUAGAGAUCGGCUGUCAGCACUUUGCUCCAUUGGUGGAGGGAUUGCGUCCACGUUGUCCUAGUGGAGCACGUCCAGAAGUGGAUAUCAGUGAUGUACGGCAAUACUGGCCAUGUUUCUCUGAAGACGCGCAGACUUUGGGACGUUCAGAUGGGAAGCUGGAUCAGUCUGACCUUGACCUGGAGCUUGUGACUGGAGAUGCUGCUGCAGAAGCCAAAGGGUUGGCUAAAGUUCAGCAGGUUACCUCGGGCACAGUGGCCAAGAAAGCUGCAGUCUAUCACGGAGCACUGCACAAGCAUUACACCGCUGUGCAGAGAAGCCUGGAGAUUAACGUGAUGGACUGUGUCAAGAGUUUGCGUGCUGAGGGUCACAUCAAUCACGACUGCGUGAAGGAAACACGGUCAGUGAUGAAGACAAGUGGACACACUGAAGCUCUGGAUCACCUGUGCUGUGUGCUGGAGGAGCUGUCGGACGAAGGCAUGUGCUACUUUGUGGAGAGUGUACUACCAUUUCAAGGUCUGUCCCAGCUAGUAGAAACAUUCCAAGCUUGUCCCGGUCCUGGAAAGUGCACACUGAAGCACCAUGAUCUCCACACUGCUCCCAAAGCUGAUGUCAAAGGGAAAGUGUUGGAUGGAGCUGAUACAUCCAGUGCUACUUCUUCUCCACUGGAAGACAAGGUGCAAACUGGGAUGUCUGAGCUUCACCAGGAAGUACUGCGUUCAAGCUAUGUGGAGUUGAAGUGUAGUUUGGACAUAGAAGAGGGCAUUCUGAACCGUCUCUAUGCAGAGAGCAUCAUCACCCAACGCUUCUGCAAGAAACUCCGUGCUAUGGAUGAUCAUGAAGAUCAGGUCUCUGUCUUCUUGGAAGCACUGCCACGCUGCGGCGCACAGGCCUUCCACCUGUUUGUUACCGCUCUCAAGGAGAGCGAGAAGCGGGCCCACCAGGAGCUUGUGGACCUACUGAAGGAAAAGCUGUGGAAACUGUCCUCCGGUCUGUGAAGGUUACUCUGCUGGUGGACCUGGCGUGAGCUGCUAUGUACCCACAAUGAGCUGUAUCAGUGGAUGGUGUGUGCAGACCGUCACUCUACUGAACGGUCGUAUUGUUUCUGAUCAAGUUUGUUCAGGUAUUCCAAGACCUUUUCUAGUUAUGUUUCUUUUAUGCCGUCUUGAGCUCUUGUCUGCCAUUCUAACUGGUGUAGAUAAGAAUGAAAUAAACUUUACUUUAUCCUGUAUUUUGCUAUUCUCCUAGUGAAAUGGUUGACGAUGCAAGUUAGAGUAUGAUAAAAUUCACCCUCCACUGCACUGCCAGUUUGUAUUUGCUAUCUAUAUCGUAUGCUUUGGUGCACGGACACGUGAUGCCUUUUGAGAUACAUUUGGAGCUGCUCAGCUGCGCUGAAGACCUACCUGGUGGCAUCUUGAUAAUUUUAAAAAACAUUUAUGAUUCUGUGGGGCUACACAGUACGUUGAGUCCACUCUUUACUGUGAGUCUACUGAGUUUUAAAGUUUUUUGUCGGUUUCUCCGCUUCUUACGUACAUUAAUUAAAAUCUUCCAGAAGUUGAAGUGUGCUGUAUGUUUCGAGCUUCAAUACUAUAAUAUUAUGAUGUCUUUGACUCGCGUUUCCUUCUAGCAGAGCUUAUACUAGUUUUGUUUUCGCUCUAGAGAUUAGCCUGUGUUCUUUCACACUUGUAGUCAACGUAGAAUUUCUGACUAACUGAGGAAAACGUACUCAACGGCACGUUCACCUCAGAAAGUUGCAUUGCCUGAGAAUAGGCAUAUGGAGAGGUACUCGCAUUGCAAGUAGUUUGUACCGACGUAUUAUAUGGACUUGUACGGUACAGGUAUUGUUUUUGUUUUUUUUCGGAUCGCUGUGUUUGGCGGCAUCACACAGUUAUCAUGAAUAUGAACUAUCACAAUGAGGAACACCUCAUUAGUGCAUCGGCAAGGUGGCUGACUGUACUUGCUCACUACGUUGAACUUGUUACUUGGGCAAUGGUAUUGAGUGGAGCUAGCAGAAUAACAGUAUGUACACUGUACACGUACAUUUGA